AUGAAGCCCUCACUUUUCAGCUUCGUUGCCCUCGUGGCAACGCCAGUAGUAGGGCAGAUCAAUCUCUAUCAGUAUGGUCUGAACUCCUCUGCGACCUUGUCUGCUGCGUGCAGCAACGCCCUUGAGGCAACGCUGCAAUGCGAUCCAUACCUCUACACACUAGCCACAAUCGACCAUUUCGGUCCGCUGGGAAAUGAUACGUUCCAGGACCAACUUUGCCAAAGUGCCUGCGGUACAUCUCUAACAAUGUACCACAACACUGUUUCUGAGCAAUGUGCAAAAGAUCCCCAGCCUUGGGACGGUAUACCGGCCGUUUGGGCGGGAGAUAUUCUCUGGGCCACCUACAACCGCACUUGUCUCAAGGACCCCAAGACGGGACUCUAUUGCACGAAUGAGAUUGGAAACAUCCAAACAAUGCUCGGAGAGACGGACACGUCCCUGAGGACUCUCUCCAAAGAGCAGCUGUGCGCCCCUUGCGUGCUGAAUCUCAUCCAGCAGAUGCAGGCCACGGCCUACUCCAACUACAAUGAGAACCACGUUCAACCCCCGGCCACCAACAUUACGGCGGUUCCGGGCGUGGACUACUCAGAUCCGUCGAAUGCGCAAGGAGUCCCCACAGGACCUCUCAGGACACUGAAUGGGAUCUUCCCAGAUGGAUCCAAUCUCCUAGCAGGACAGGUCUUGUGUCUGCCUAGGAAAUGCCAGAUCUACAAAGUACAAGCCAACGACACGUGCGCAUCAAUCGCUUCGGCCUAUAGCAUCUCCGUUGUCGACAUCUUCACCACAGUAUACCCCACCACCAUCGCCGGGGUCACGGGCACCAAGACUGACCAGUAUGCCACCUCAACGGUCACUCCAGACGGUCCUACAGCCAGCGGCACCACAACGGAAUGCGGCAAGUACCACAAGGUGGUGGCAGGCGAUACCUGCGAGCAGAUCUCCCUACAGUACUCCAUAACCACAGCGCUUUUUAUGGCGAUCAAUCCCUCCAUCGGUCAGGAUUGCUCAUCUCUUCCUCCAGGCGUUUACUACUGUGUCUUCCCUAUGCAGGACUGGAAUUCCACCGCACCAAAUGCAAACACCACCACUACUUCCACCUACGUGACACCUCCCACCGCGACGCCGACAGGAACCACACAGUACUGUUACUUAUGGCAUGUGGUGGUCAAUGGCGAUCAAUGCUCCACUCUUGAAGCCGUCUACGGGAUUUCCUUUUCGCAACUACAGACCUGGAACCCCCAGGUCAAUGCCGACUGCACGAACCUCCUCCUAGGCGAAGCCUACUGCGUCAAAGGCGAUUCAGGUCCCUCCCAUACUUCUGUCUCGUCCACUCCAACGCCCACUUCGGUCCCUCCUCCCGGUCCAACCCAAUCGGGUAUUCCGGCUACCUGCAAUAAGUGGGUUAUGCAGAAAGACGGGAUUUACUGCUAUGAUAUGGCCGUGAGUGCUGGAAUCACGCUUGACCAGCUUUAUCAGUGGAAUCCGGCGCUGAACGGGGAUUGCUCGGGGCUAUGGGCCGGAUAUGCAUACUGUAUUGGGGUAUCCGGAUAG